GUUUACGAAGUUGCGGCUUGUGGUAGAAAACCGAAAAUACAGCAUCAAUAGCGGUUUCUGUUCGAAGCGUCUUUCAAUUUCAUUCAAUAGCUGAAGUUACAAUCUUCGAAAUGGCUGAAGAAGAACAAAUGCCGAUCAUUCCCGUAAAGGAACCCUUGGAUCUUAUCCGGCUUAGUUUGGAUGAAAAAAUUUACGUAAAAAUGCGAUACGAACGUGAAUUGCGAGGACGAUUGCAUGCGUUCGAUCAACAUCUUAACAUGGUGCUGGGCGAUGCCGAAGAAACAGUCACCACGGUAGAGAUUGACGAAGAAACUUAUGAAGAGGUGUACAAAACCACCAAACGCACCAUUCCAAUGCUGUUUGUGCGUGGCGAUGGAGUCAUACUAGUUUCGCCGCCGAUGCGUGUUGGCAGUUAAACAGUGUAAUCUAUCCAUGUUAUGAGCAAAGAUGUAAAGAAAAGGGUACCAUGCUUAAAUGAAAUUCGGACAGUUUGCUCAU